AUGCCCUCCCUAGCAAUUUCUGCUCUAUGCUCCCUGUUCAACUUCCGUCUCCCUGUUCACCUUUCCAUUGCUCUCAACCUCCGACUGCUGCCGGAGCUCAAGCUCCUCCUCACCGACCUUCCACCUCUUCCUUCAUGCACCACUUCGAAUCGAAUCACUCGCUUUCUCUCUCCAACUCAUCCCAUUCUGAUUUCCCCCAAUCCCAUUCCUGAUGGCAUCCAAAUCCAAAAUCUUCUUCAUCGGCAGCACCGAAAAGUUCAUCGUCUAGGCCAGCGCCAAGGCCAGCCACCGCACCUACUUUCUGGUCCGAGAAACUACCCUCUCCAGCCCGACGAAGUCCAAAGUCCUCGAGAACUUCAAGGAUCUGGGCUUCAAUUUUGUCCUGUCUCCGACGUCGGAAUUGGGAUCAGUCUCGAAGAGCUUUGUGCGUAUACCCUUUUCAAGAUUGUUGGGUCCAAAAGAAGAAGAAGAAGAAGGAGUGAACAACACGAAAUUGGCUUUGGCCACGAGUAUACAUCAUUGAAGAAUGUUAAUGAAUCCAAACAUGGGUUUUGGGGUGUUCUUGCUAGAAAAGCCAAAGACAUUCUCGACGAUGAUGAUAAUGGAGUUCAGGAUUAUCAUUCAUCUCAAACAACAAGGACUGAUAUGCUGUCUAUGCCAACAAGGGGGCUUUGUUGGAGCAAAAACUGUGCAGGCAAAUGCGUAAGAGUGAUGGAUUUUGGAAUGAAAUGCAGAGGAUAUCGUCUUGUGCUGCUUAAAGGAGAGCUCAGCAUGAGGGUGCUGUUGGUUUACCUUGCCUGGAUGUGUUGCAGGUGCGGAGUUGUUCAAGAAAAAAGGUUUUAAAGGAUCCUUUGCAAAUGCAGGAUCUUCUGCUAAGUUUUGUCCGGAGUGCACAUUUUGGUUGUCUGCAUGUUGAAGAGGCUGCGAGGAAAGGAUGAUGGUAUGGGAACUUGAAUGCAGAAAUACUACUUUUACGUUAUUCAUUCACUAUAUCGUGUUCACUCUUUCUUCCUAUGCAGUCAUUAAUGCUGGAGUGGCUGGAUGUUGCACUGGUCUUGCUAUUAGUUUUCCAGAUAUCCAUCGUAUUACAGAGUUCGAUAAUUUAUAAUUAGCUAUCAUUGACCGUGCUAUUAAAAUUUGUAUGGAACUCCCGAUUUUUGUUGCUCUACUGUGGUUACAUUUUUUAAGUGAUCAAGCUUUGUGAUUGCGUAUAUAUUGGUUGAUCUGUUUCUUAAAAUUGUGGUUAAAAGAAACCUUUUUGAGAUUAUGUGAAAAUCCAUCAAUCUGAUUAGUUAAAUGUCUCUUCAGGUAUGAUUGGGUCCCAAAAGAAGUUAAAAGACUGCAACUUUAUUGAGGACGGAAUCAUAACCAAAUUCUUCUAGCACUUUCUCCGAUUUCCCAAAAGGUGAAUUACAACAAAAGUGCUCCUCCUUUCUUCAGUGGUUGUUAUUAUUACCUCAAAACAUUUGCAUGUAUGUGUUUUUUUUGUAAGAAGCUCAAAGGAUGAUUAAGAAGAAAAGGAAAUCAUAGAUUAUAAAAUAGAUGGACAAAGAGGCGAUAGAAAUUUCUAUGGUCCCAGACCCGUGACAUAAAAGGAGUGAACAUGGGGAGAGUCGGGGAGACGAAGAGAGAAGAGAGGAAGACUCACUUCGUGUUAGUUCCUUUUACUAUGUCUUUAUACUUUCAACCAAAUGAAAUUGUUACUAGAUUUUGUAAGGUUACAUGUUACUUCUUUAUGUAACUUGCAAUUUUUUCCAAUAGGUUUGUUGCUAAUAAUCUAUUGUAACCACUCUUUUUGCCAUUUUUCAAUAAGUCACUCUCUAAUUUCUCUAUAAUUUUUUUUCGCAUUUGCACAA